AUGGAGGAUGAUAAAGAAAAUCAGUUAGUGGCAAUCGAGAAAGACGAUCGCAAAUCUGAAACACCUGUCUCUGUCGACGUGAAGCUGCGGGUAGUUCUCAGCAUUCCCAAGGUGGAGGAAGUAGGGGAUAAGGGUUUGAUUGGUCCACGAUCACAAGAGAAGGAUCAUCAGAUUCGGGUCUGUCCCGAGUGCCACAAAGGGUUCAGCUCUGGUAAAGCUUUGGGGGGUCACAUGAGAAUUCAUGUUCAGAAAAGCAAACAACCCAAGAAAACCAACAAGUUUAAGGAAAAGCACAAACACGAAGCUAUCGGUGUCAUGAAGAAAAAGGCCAGUAAUGUGAGGGAUAAAGGUAAGCCCAAUUGUGCACUUUGUGGUAAGAAAUUUCCGUCCAUGAAGUCGUUGUUUGGGCACAUGAGAUGUCAUCCUGAGAGAGACUGGAGGGGAAUUCAACCACCCGCAGGACUAAGAGCCAAGAACAGUCCUUCCUCAUCAGUAUCAGAUCCUGUGCCGCCUCAGAAAAUCGAUGAUCAGAUUGAUUCAGCAGAUCCAAAUGGGACAGUGAUGAUGAUGAAUGAUCUGACAACACAGCCUCUACGGGGCUGGUCUGUGACUGCAAAGAGAGGCCGUAAGGGUGAGAUCAUCAAAGCCACCCCAACUCUAUCGAGCUCAGAGGAUGAGCAUGAACAGUUCCUUGAUGCUGCCAAUGAUCUAUUGAGAUUAGCUCAUGGCGAACCUUUCCAGUCUAGCUUAACCCAGAAGCACAGAUUUGAGGAAUAUGAAGCUACAAACAGCAAUUCACCGACGCACAGGGCCGAAAUUGAGGAGACAAAUAGGAUUUCCACAGAUAAUGGAAGCAGUGGUGAUGCCGUGUUAUCUAAGAGCAUGAACAUUGACAAAGGCAAAGGGAAAGCCUUGUUGGAACGUGGGUGUUCUGCUGAAAAAUCAGUGGAUCAUACGGGUUAUCAAUGGGACGAUAAAGACUGGCCUAAAGAAUCUGAACAGCUCAUGAAUUACAAGUACUGUGAGAGUACUAAUGCGAAGACGAGUAUGAUCAAGAACAAAAAGAAGAGGAAGAAGAUGAAGCUGAUGGAUUUGGAAUUAUCACAAGAUAUCAGUCCCGACCUCUAUGAUCAGAAGUUUGUUUUUAAUACUACAAGUACAACAGUAGUGCCAGUUCAAUUCAGAUGCAGCACUUGUGACAAGUCCUUCCCUUCUCACCAAGCACUGGGGGGUCAUAGGUCAAGCCACAACAAAAUCAGGGUUCAAAAUCAAAACGCCAUUGAAGAAUCAUCAUCUGCAGCUGCCGAGGUUGAAAAUCCAGGCAAUCCCAUUAGCCAACAGUAUAAAAUCAGAGAAAGUGAACUGGCUGCUUGCUCACACCAAUGCCAGAUUUGCAACAGGACUUUCCCUACUGGUCAGGCUCUUGGGGGUCACAAGAGGUGUCACUGGAAUGGGACAAGAAUGGAAGCUCCAUCAAGUCAAGAUGAAGCCAGCCAGAUCAUGGAGCCUAAAGUUCUGGAUUUUGAUCUCAAUGAAAUGCCUCCCAUGGAGAAUGAAUGUGGUUUCGAGUCUGAACAUGCUACUGAUUAUGGUGAUUCAUCUUCCGCAUUCAAUUUGGUUGCUUAG